CACACGCACCACGCGCCGCGCAGCCGAUCGAGCCGCCGUUGCCGGCCUCGGCAAGCAAAGGAUCCCCCACCCCUCCUACUACCCGCCACGAUUCCCGCAACCCUAGACCAAUCCCUUCCCGUCCCGAGGCCGAAUUCCAUGGAUCUGCCUUCCCCGUUCGAUCACCCCCUCCACCGCCGCGGUGGCCACCACCACCACUACCCCGACCAUCACUUCCCGGGAGGAGGAGGAGGCGGCGGCGGCGGCGGCGCUGCUGCUGCUGCGGCAGCGCGCUCCAGGUACGACUACGGCGGCGCAUACGAGCCCCACCCUCACCAUUACCACCUCCCCGACCACCACCACCACCAUCCACCGCGCGUCCACCACAACCACCACUACCAGCCGCCCGCGCCAACGCCGCCCCCGCCACCGCCUCCUCCUCUGCCGCAGAGCCGCUACGAGUCCUCUCCUCACUAUGGCCUCCCUCUCCGCCCGCUGCCCGAUACGUACUCGCCGCCGCCGCCACCGCCGCCGCCGUACCAUGACCCGCCGCCCCACUACCACAGCCACCAGCGGCGCGGCGACGAGGACUUCAUCCCCGCCGACGAGAUCCGCCGCGUCGGUGGUCAUCACCACCACCAUCCCUUGCAGCUCCCGUGGGAGGACACCGAGGAAGAGAGGCGCCGCUACGGUGCCUCCCAUCAGCUCCGGUUAUCGCCGUCUGCCUCUCGGAAAAGGCAGCGUUGCGCUGUGCACGACGGCGACCUUGAGAGCACCUCCAGUUCUGGGCCGCCUCCCCGCCGCCAGAGGCAGUUACCCCACCUGGACUAUGCUCUGGAUGACAGUUUUGUAGAUAGGAACACCGCACAUCCUGGUUACAGUAGCCAUGAGGGUUUCUCAAUCCACAGCGACAGCAAGGUUAGCAGGAAGACCCAGAUGCCAACGCAGAUGCCACUGCCUGGCUCUCCGCAUGCCACCAGUGCUGGGUAUCCGAGGCGAGCCCCACAGAAGGUUGCCCCCACGAGAGUGUCUGUUUGGCAUCGAAUCGAGGAGAACCCUGCAGUUUAUGAACCGCCCCCUCCGCUGCAUCUACCAAAGGAGGUGCAUGUCUCGCCGUGCAAGUCGAACAAUGUUGCUCCUGCUUCAAGGGAAUUGGCCAGUGUGAUUUCAGUGGAUUGUAGAGGGAAGAGUGCUGAUGGUAAUGAAGGUGAUAGUAAUAUAGGAACAAAGAAGAAUCCUGUUAAGAAGAAUGAAAAGGUUUUGGCUUCAGUGCUUGUGAAGCCUUCAAUGGAACCCAAGGAAAAGGAAGUGGCUGUUAAGAAGAUGCUCAAGAAACCUAGUAAGGUUCAGAAGAAUGCGGUAGAUUCCACUAGCGGAAGUUUAAUCUCAACUCCCCAUCCUGGUGCUGGUGUGAAGAAAGUGAAGAAGAUAGUUAUAAAAAAGAUUGUUAGGAAGAUCAACGGGAAAGGUAAGCAAAUUAGUAGUCCAGUUGUCUCAGAAAAGAGGGAUAGUACUGAUGCUAAUGCUUGUGAGAAAGAAGAGGGUGAGAUCACUACAUCGUCUUUUGAGAAGGAUGCUAUUUCUGCACAUGACCCGAUCGCCGUUAGUGACACAGCUGGUUUUGGUAAUGGUGUGAACGCCCAGAAGGAAGAAAGCAAUAUCUUCACAAAUCCAAGUGGAAGGAAUGCUGCUUCGGCCAUCAAAUAUACAGGUAGUAGUGAGAGUGUGCAUUCUGGAAAGGAAGAGGGUAGAAGCCCAAUGAAGCCAGUUGAUAAUAUUAAUGCUUCUUUAGCCAUUGACCGUACAGAAGUGCUUGAGAAAAGUGGGACCAAGCGUUAUAGGAAGGAGCAUGAUAUGAGCUCUAUUGGUUCAGGUGUCAAUGAUGCUUUUGUGGUUGAGAACGAUCAUACUCAGGAAGAGGUCAAUAUCCCCAUUCUUUCAGGUGAAAUGAAUGUUGCAGAUGCGAGUAACUCUGUAAGAGUUUCUGAUGCACGGGAACUUCCUCAGUGCGAUGGUUCCAGCAUGGAAGAGAUCAAAGUACAUAAGGAUGUGGAUGCAAACAAUGCUGUUUGCAUGGAUGGAAUUUCUUCAAACUCUGAUACAACAGAACUCAGUGGAAAUGAAGGUGGCAGGAGGGAAAGUGAAAAAAUCCUGAUUGCCCGAAAUGAACUUGUAAGCAAUUUUGUUGGAAGUCCUAGUACAGCAGAUAUUUGCAUGACUUCUGGAGAGGAUGCUCAGAAACAAGAUGGUGUAAUCCUUAUUGGUUCAAUCGAAAAGAGCAUUGGCUUUUUAGGUGAAUCCAUGGGAACUCGUAGGACAGCAGAAUCUGGUGUGAGCAAGGAUGUCCCCAGUGAAGUAGAUAACAUGCUGAUCCAUCCAAGGGAAAAAGAUUUCAUGACAUUGAACUCUUGGAGAGCUCUUAAUAAUACAAAAGUUAGUGAAAAGGAGGAUAUCCAGGAGAAAGAGGACAGAAUACCCAUGGAAUCAAUUAUAGCUUGUACUUCUAGUGGAAAUGAGGAUAUGCAGGUGAACGAGGGUAUACAGCCGAUGAAAUUAAGCGAAGCUAAUGCUUUUAGUGGAAGUGAGGAUAUCCGAGGGAAAGAGUGUAUAAUACCCAUGUGUUCAAGUGGAACAAAUACAUCUUUGGUGAACCAUGGUAAUGCUUCUAAUCCAAAGCAUGUUAGUGCGAAUGAUGAUACGCCGAAGAAAGAGAGCCACAGGUCCAUAGAAUCAUGUAAAAAUAAUACUUUUGAAAUUAUGCACCACAAAGAAGUUGCUAGUACUGAAGAGGUUAUCACGAGUAUGUCUCUUGGGAGAAAAUUGGCUGAAUGCCCUGUGAGGUCAAAUGAAAGAUGUUCAGGUGCUAUAGGUAAUUCUGCAAAUACUUUAGAAUUUGAUUUAGCAUGUGCAACCGAGGGUAAUCAAAUGGAAGAUCUACUCAACAACAGAACUGCUUUAGAUGAAACAAAUAAUCCCCUUGAUGCUGAGGAUUCCUCUGCCUUUGAUCUUCCAUCUUCCAGAAAUGUAGAAAGUACAGCAUCUCCAUUAUAUGAUCUUAUGGAGGAUUCAACCAGUGAUGGUAUUUUGAAUAUUAGUUUGGGAAGGAGCACUACAUUGCAGGCAGCAGAACUGAUGGAUCAUCGUGGAGCCCAUAUGUCUUCUGAGAAUGAUUCUUUGAUACAUUGCCAGGAAUCUUCAACUGUACCUGGUAACUGUGAGCAGUCUGUACGUACAGCUUUGACACUUGGUAGUAACACCUAUUUCAGUAGCGCGGAAAUUGAUGAUCAACCUGAGGGAAGUCAUGAGCAUGUGGAAGGUCAGCGAGGAUUAAAUGUUGCAAUACAAAAGGAAUUCAAUAGCUCUGGCAAAAUAAAAGCCCUAACUGGUGAGGGCGUAACCAGUACAGGUAUUCAAAAUUGGCUGACUUUACCACCAUCAAUCAACAACAUGGAAAUGUCUGGGCAAUUUUUGGACAAUGGUUUUACCGGUAGUAAUGAUAGGCUAGGUUUAGACCAGAGUAUCGACGAUGCCACUUCUAUGAGUCAGGGUCAUGAUAUUACACAGGAUAUGGACCAAUGUGGAAGUGAGGAAGCUUUCGUUAGUCAGGAUCACAGCAAUAGGUUAUGUGGUAGCAAUUUGUCUCAUUCACAUUUGUUGGUGCCCAAAGAGGGCAGCAUGGAUGUUGAGGAUCAGAGUGAGAUUAUUCUCGGUUUGAACCCUACUAGUUCAGUAAAUGGUGUUCACUAUGGUUGUCAAGCAGUUGAUAUUCCUGUCAAUGACCUGAAUAAGCCCAUUCCCUCAGCUUUAGAAUCUUCUGAUUUGAUGGAUAUAGAUCGAUAUUCUUCUCAAGUAUGUGUCAAUACAGAUCACGCCAAUCUCAGUAAUACCGAGAAUCCUGGGGUUGAAUCAAAUACAAAGCAGGAUUUGUUGUCUUCUUGGAUUGAAGCCAUUGUGUCAGAGGCUAAAAAAGAGCACAUACCAUGCAUAUCCACUCCACUCUCUGUUGGCUCGCCAGAAAAGUUGUUAGAACCAAAGGAAGACAACAGGAAAACAGUACUGGAAACAGUGGUACCUUCUGCAGUAAAAUCACCUCAGAUAAAUUUUGCUAGCUGUACACUCCCCAAGGUAGCUCCUAAACAAGUUACUUUGCCUAGCUCAUCCCGAGAGUCCACUCGAGCAAAUCAGAAUGCAAGGCACAGGACGUGGCAUCGUGGUAACAUAGCAUCUUCUAGUUCAUCUUUGCAUGCUUCACAGCCUUCAGGAUUACCUCCAAAACUACCACUCAAGAAUAAAAAAGCUGAAAAUUCUUAUAUACGUAAGGGUAAUGCUCUUAUUAGAAAUCCAUCAAAUGGAAAGCUUCCUCAUUCUUCUUCCAGUCAUGAUACUCAAAACAAGUUGAAUAAAGCUGUGGUAAGGAGAAGCAUGAAUUUUGUUAGGAAAGCUGAUAUGAAAGACUUUGUAGCAAAUUCUAACAUCUCAGUUGAAAGACCAAAGACUCCUCCUCUACCACUUCACACAAAAUCCAUUAGCAGCCCUACAAACUUUUUGGAGCAAUUGCCUCAAAUUUUGCAGAAACAGCAUGGUCAUGAAAUUGAGGAGGAUACCACUGGGCAGCCAAAGUCAGGUUUUGAUAACCCAGACAUCAAAACUACACAAAAAUCUGAACCCUCAGAUGCUAGUAAAGUGGUUUAUGUUAGACCCAAGUCAAAUCAACUGGUUGCUGCACAGAGGCAACACCCUGUUGAUUUAAUUAACAGCUCCACGGAUAAGAUUCUGUCGCUGCAGGCACCCAUAGCAUCUGAUCUCUACUUAAAGAAAAGGAAAAAUCAAAUUAUAUUGAGUUCAGGUUCCCCUUCUGAUGGUCAGAAUGCCAAAGAGAUGUUACCUGCUGAAAACUCAAAUUUAGAUGAGAAGAAAGAUCUAAUGAUUACAUGCUCUAUCAAUGGUAUCCCUGGGGUAAAGGAGAGACCACAAAAAGCUCUUCAGACAGCAAAUAGCGAGGGACGUUUCUCUCAUGUGUGGACACUCAAUGGACAACAACCACGGAGGAAAGGUUUUAUGGUCAAUAGUCAUAUGAAUGCGUUCCCACGUAUACUUCCAUGGAAAAGAAAAAUAUUCUGCAAGAAUUUUAAAAGCAGUCACACUACAUUGUCGAAUGUGAGCUCCAUACGAAUUGUCAGAAAAUUGUUGCAAACAAGGAAGAGAGAUAUGAUUUAUACUGUCUCAACUGAUGGGUUCUCUCUACGGAAAUCUGGUGUGUUAAGUGUUGGUGGAUCAAGUUUGAAAUGGUCAAGAUCCCUUGAGAAGCGUUCUCAAAAGGUCAACAAGGAAGCUACAUUGGCACUUGCUGAAGUUGAAAGAAAGAAAAGGGAGAAACAGAAGCGGCAUUCUCUUCAUAAUAAGGGAAGAAAUGAUCAUCAGUACACCGAGUCUGUCACUGUCAAUCAAUUAAUAAACAACCACCAAGCGUCUUCCGAUUCAAGAAAAUCAUCAACUUGCAAUGAAUAUGUGCGUGUUAGCAAAGGUAACCAACUGGUUAGAAAUCCAAAGAAUGUAAUCCGCAUGCUAGCAAGUGACAAAGUUCGAUGGAGUUUGCACACUGUUAGAUCACGCCUAGCAAAGAAGCAACAGUACUGCCAAUUCUUCACUCGGUUUGGCCAGUGCAAAAAACCCAGAGGCAAAUGCCCUUAUAUUCAUGACCGAGCUAAAGUGACCAUUUGUACUAAAUUUCUUAAAGGCUUGUGUUCUAAUACUAGUUGCAAACUGACUCACAAGGUACUUCCAGAAAGAAUGCCGGAUUGUUCUUAUUUUCUGAAAGGACUCUGUAACAACAUAGCCUGUCCCUAUAGGCAUGUGAAAGUGAACUUGAAUGCUCCUGUUUGUGAAGACUUCUUGAAAGGAUAUUGUGCAGAUGGCGAUGAGUGUCAUAAAAAGCACAGCUAUGUAUGCCCCGUCUUCGAGGAGACAGGAGAAUGCCCACAAAGAUCUAGAUGCAAACUUCAUCAUCCCAAGAGCAAAGUCAAAUCCAAGAGAACCAGACCAGAUUUCUUGCAAAACAGCAGUUGGGGCCGGUAUUUUGACGCCAGCAUUGACCAUGAAAGUGAGACAGGGAAAGUUUCUUUAGACAAAGACGAGAGAGAGAAACCUCACCGUGUUUUCUCUGAUGGGGACUUUCUAAACCUGAAUGAUGAUGGCGAUGAAGAUAUUGCAGCUUUAGAUGUGUCAGAUGACAUACCACUGAUGGAAUUGGACUCGAGGGAUUUAAGUUCGCAGAUUGAUAAUCUUGAUGCACUAAUCAAGCCACUUCGGAUCAUGAGAACAGCAAGAGUUUGACAGCUAAUGAGAGUUAGGGGAUCUCAAGUUUUCAACGUGAAGACUAAUCAUCUCGACGAACUAAUCAAGCCGAUUUUGGAUCAUGGUAACAGGAGUUUGACAAGUUCUUUGAUUGGCCGAGACACACCCACCAAACUUAAAAACAGGAUAGGUGCAAGGUUCGAGACAACUGUACAUAGAUAGGGAAAGCAUAUGUUUUCUUCAGUUUUAUCUAACCUUCUUCGGUUUGUUAUGUUUGUCAUGGACAUAUAUGAGUCUUUCUUAUGUUUUAGGAUACCUAUGUGACAUGGCCAAUACCACCCAAAGAGCUCAAUGUAAAGAAAUGACAAUUUGCUUAUAAUUGCGCUUUGCAAAUGUUCCUCUUGUUA